UGGUCACACUUGUGAAAACGUCAAACGAUACAUACAGGAAAAAAUCGUAACUGAACUGAAAAGAUUGAAAAGCCAGGAAAUAUGGUUCACUUUUCUAAAGAAAUAAUGUUGAAAUAUCAAUUGUAAAUAUUACCUGUUUCUUAUUACGCACGGAUUGAAAGUGGAUGUGCAUAAAUAGCGUGUGUUGUGUCGAAAAACGAGCGUGGAACGUAAAGUGAAUACCUGAAUUCUGCCUGAGUGUGAAUCGAAUUCGUGUGAGAGAGUGCGAGCUUAAAUCUGCAUUUACUUGAAAUAUAACUAAUAAUAUCAAGAAUCGUGUGGGAGCGCUGCCAGAAAUCGAAUCAGAUAACCCCUCUCAAUAGUCAGCUCUCGAAGGAUUGUCCGUGGUAAUGGAUUUCGUUCAAGUUUCGGAGGAGGAGGGUGACGAGCCCAUCGAGCUGCCGGCCGAAGAGGAUGGCACUCUGCUGCUCUCCACCUUGCAGGCGCAGUUUCCUGGAUCGUGUGGUCUGAAGUAUCGCAAUCUGGACACUAAAGCUGUUCGAGGAGUUCGCUCUAACGAGGGCAGGCUGUUCCCGCCCAGCGUUGACUCAGGCUGGGGAGAAUACUUAUACUUUUGUGUGUUCCCUAAGGAAAACAAGCGCAAGAGCGACGAUAACUUGGAAAACUCAACGGCCAAAACCAAACGCAUCGAGACCCGCCUGCGAUGCACAGAUCUUAUUGUACUGGGCCUGCCCUGGAAGACAACUGAGGAGAGUUUGCGGGAGUACUUUGAGACGUACGGCGAAGUGCUGAUGGCUCAGAUCAAGAAGGACACCAAGUCAGGGCAGUCCAAAGGCUUCGGAUUCGUUCGGUUUGGCUCAUACGACGCCCAGAUGCGCGUUCUUUCCAAUCGCCACCUCAUCGACGGACGUUGGUGCGAGGUUAAGGUGCCCAACUCUAAGGUGAACCUCUUUUUUCCCCUUAACUCCGAACCAACUAAUCCUUUUCAUUUCCAGGGCAUGGGACAUCAGGUGCCUUGCAAGGUCUUUGUUGGCCGCUGCACAGAGGACAUAAACUCAGACGACUUGCGGGAGUAUUUCUCCAAGUUCGGCGAGGUUACGGACGUGUUCAUUCCCCGUCCCUUUAGAGCCUUUAGUUUUGUAACUUUUCUAGAUCCUGACGUUGCACAAUCACUGUGCGGGGAGGAUCAUAUAAUCAAGGGCGUUUCGGUGCAUGUGUCGAAUGCCGCCCCAAAAGCCGAGCAGAAUAGAAACCAGCAGGUUCAGAGCUACAAUUAUAACUCGGCCAACAGCUUCGGCAUGCAUUCGUACCACCCGCAGGGCAACCAUAUGAAUCCCGGCCGCAACGGACACCACAGAGGUAAUAACCAACACAGCGCUCACGGCGGUGAGAGCUCAAUCAUCGCCAAUAAUCACAGCAACAUUGGCACCGCCGGUUAUGGCAUGGGCGGCAAUAAUUACGGCGGAAACUCGGGCGGGGGCUAUCAUAACAAUAGCAGUAAUCACUCUAGUGGUGGGAACGCAAAUCGCCAGGAUGGCGGCACGCAGUAUAACAGUAGGCAGGCCAACUUUCACGGAAUGAACCAGCCUCACAACGGCAACGUGGGCGGCAGCAACGGCUGGAUGAAUCGGGGCCACCUGGACAUGCCAAACCUGCAGGCGUUGGGCAUCAAUUCGCAGGGAUCGAGCUCCUCAAACCAGGGCCAGAACAUGAGCAACCAGUCGAUGCUUAAUCUGAACUCCUUGCCGAUCAAUCCCGCCCUGGUCGCUGCCGCCUUGAACCAGUGGAGCCUGGUCGGCAACCAGCUGCAGAAUCAAAACCAGGACCAGCAGGGCGGAAAUUUUUUAUCGUGGAUGGCUCAGAACAGUGGUCACGCCAACAACUUUGGCGGACGGAAGGGAUCAAAUAACCCAAAUAACCCGGGCGCCAACGGAAUGAACAAGGCGGACAACUCCGGCUGUAAUGACCCACAGAAUGGAAACACCGGUUGGUCGAACCAGAGCAGCGGCUCUCAAAACUCCGUGGAAAAGUCAAACUUUCUUUAAGGCGGUACCAAUAGCACGACUCGGUACCGGUACCAACUAAUGUGGUUAAUAAUAACGUUGAUUUAACCAAAACCUCUGUAGCUUACUUAAAUAUAUGUAUUCUACAUUUAAAGAAAUUAAGAAUUGUAUUUAAUAUGUGCUAGAUAUUUUCAUAAUUGUAAGUAAAAAUGACACUCGAUGGAGAAUAACACCAUUUAUAGAACCCUUUGCAAAAUAAAUUCUGCGCCAAAGCUCAAUUUAAAGCACUGUA